AAUAAAUAUCUUCCUAGAUAGCAACUCCAACUCAAAGAUUUUUUUUUAUUGCUUUGUGUUUUGCUAUCGAUAGUCUAGAUGUGUGUAAAUUAUUUUUAUACCUAUUUCUUUUUAAUGAAAUAAGACAAAGGAUUACUAAUAGCAUUUCGUUUAAAAUAGAUUAUUUCGAUAAUAGCCAUUUUGUAGAUGCGGUCCCAGUGAUUUAUAUUGUGUUUUGUGCGUUAGAAAAACUUAAAAAAAUGUCUGUGGCUUUCGCACCUCGCGGAAACCGGCCUCCGUUAAGUCCUGCACAAAUCCAGAAAAUGUUGGAUGAAAACGCUCAUUUAAUACAAACUAUUCAAGAAUAUCAAUCGAAAGGACAGCUAGUUGAAUGUCACCAAUAUCAGCAAGUACUGCACAGGAAUUUGGUUUACUUAGCAUCGGUGGCCGACGCUAAUCAGAAUAUUCAAGCUAUUUUACCGCCCCCUCAUCAACUAGCAAGUGGUAAUGUGCCUCAGGGUGCCCUCAACCCUCCCGCCAGUGGUGCUGAAGUUCCUGGUUCCCCACAACAACCAUAUCGCCCACCAUCAGGAGUUUCAAGUGCACCAACUAGACCAACACAGUCAUAUGGUCAAAGGCCAUACCCACAAAACCAGUAUCAAGGUCAAUACCAAGGAGCGUAUCCUCCUCAGGGUGGUUAUGGUCCUCCAGGGCAAGGAUAUGGCCCUCCCAACCCAUCUCAGCAACCUCAAGGUUAUCCACCCAACUCUAACUAUGGGCCUCCAAUCACCACUGCUCCAAAUAACUAUCCUCCUUCUACACACCCUGGCCCAGGAUACCCCCCAUCAUCAGGGCAACAACCAUAUGCACCUCCUCCUGGUAGUCCCGCUGCAGCAGGUUCUCCCUAUCCAGUGAGAGGUCCAUCUCAACCAGGAUAUACAGGAAAUUCUGCUUAUCCACCUCCUCAGACAGGAGCCAACUACCCAAAUGUUGGUGUUAGCACAUAUAAUACAACAACUUCCCAACCACAGCCAUAUCAAACCCAAUCUUUCCAAAAUACUACACCCACAUCGGCUUAUGGUUCAACACCUGUUUCUCAACCUAAUCGAUCACCACAACCUCCACCAAGUGGAUAUACUUCACAAAACCCACCAAGUACAGGAUAUGGGUCUCCAUCUGCGCAAUCUCCAACUUUCAAUUCUAGUACUCAUGGAAAUAACGGGCCACCAUCAACAGCUGCAUCUGGAGGACCACCUCAAAGUGGUCCUCCACAGCAGUAUCCUCCAUCAGGGCAACCAUCUCCAUACCCACCUGCAAGCCAGCCACCAUAUUCCAAUCCAUCCUCACAACCUGGUAGCCCCGCUCCUUCAGUGUCAACUGCUCCCCCUCCCCAGUCCUCAUAUCCUCAAAACCCACAGAAUUACCCACCGGCUGGUGGAGCUUAUCCUCCACAUGCUUAUCAACAGGGAUAUCCACCAAGCCAAUACCCACCAUCCCCCUACCCAUAUGCUAGGGCUCCAGCCCCAGGGGCUCCCCCACCAGCUGGUGCUCAGCCAUAUCCCGGAUAUAGUUUCCAACCCCCUAACCAACAGUAACUCUCAUAAUGUGUGCAUGGAUUACUUUGUAACAUGUAAUUUUCAAUAUAAAUGACAAAUCACAAUUAAAGUGAUGUUAAAUAAUGAUAAACUUUGUAAACCAUAUUUUUAUGGCUAUUCAUGUUUAUGGAAUAAUUAUGAAACUCAUAUAUUUUUAUAUUAUUUAUGUAGGAUAUUAUGUACUGAACUUUUAAUUUUAUUGUUUUAUAAAUUAAAUAAUUCUUAAUAGUAAUGUUCAUCAUGUUAGCUUAUAAUGGUUAAUGAAUAAGUUACAGUAGAUAAAAAUAAAGUUGAUUACUUAUUAAAA